UUUCAUUCUUGAAUUUCCUCGCACAUACUAUAUAUUAUCGUUAAAGCUAAUAUUUUCCGGUGCAAGUAUAGUUUACCACUAAUUUACCGUAUACGUUCUAUAAUACAGCGAAAUGACUAGAUGCCGUAUUUGUUGUGGUAAUGGGAGGGUCUGCUGUGGAAUUUGUGGUGGCGCUGGAGGUGCUAUCCAACCUGUCAUAAAUGGGUUACAAUUGAGAUUAGUUUGCUCACGAUGUGCGGGAACUGGUUCUGUGAUUUGCUUAUAUUGUAAUGGGCUUGGUUAUAAAAUCCAAUGAUAAUUGUGUUGAUAACUUUCACCCAGUGUUUUUCCAAAGUCUUUUUAUUUAAUUUAUUAUAAUUUUCAUACAAUUUUUACCAUUUGAUAUUCGAUAAAGUCUAUUGAAAUCCAAGUGUGUCUAAAUUUAAAGCUUUUGUUCUUUAUUGAAUGUUGUCAUCGUUUAAUAAAUAAUUUUUUAUCCUUUGGAAUAAUAAAAUCAAAUUAAGUAA